UUCUCUUCAGGUCAUUACUUUUUAGCAUACUUCAUUUUUAUUUUUGUGGUCCAGGUUUUGAAGUUCUUGAUAAUUAAUCUAACAGGUAUGGAUUAUGAACUGGGUUUUUACUUUCCUUUGUGGAGACUAUGGAUCUACUAGUAUAUCAAAGAAUUGAAUGCCAGCAAUUAUUUUCUUCACCUAAUUCAUCAGCGAAUGAAUGCCAAUUUUGUUUAUCUUGGUAUUUAUUUUUUCUUUUGGAAUAUUCUGGAAUGACUUAUCAGUACUUAAAGCUCUUCUGAGGGCAUACAAUGUGAUUUAAGGGAUGUUCAGGGAAAUUGCAGUGGUUUUGUUGAUUGGGUUCCUGGCAUGGGCAUAUCAGGCUGCCUACCCUCCGCCUCCCAAGCUUUGUGGCAGCCUAGGUGGGCCUCCCAUCACGGCACCUAGAAUAAAGCUGAGAGACGGAAGGCAUUUGGCCUAUAAGGAGCAUGGUGUAUCAAGAGAAACUGCAAAAUACAAGAUCAUUUUUGUUCAUGGCUUUUCCUCCUCCAAAGAUGCUAUUGGGGGUUUAACAAAAGUCCCUCUGGAAGUAAGGGAGGAGCUAGGUGUAUAUUUUGUGUCUUUUGACCGGCCAGGUUAUGGAGAAAGUGAUCCAGAUUCAAAGCGAACUCCAAAGAGUUUGGCUUCUGAUAUAGAGGAGCUUGCUGAUCAUUUACGACUGGGAUCAAACUUUUAUGUAAUUGGGUUUUCCAUGGGAGGCCAGGUGGUUUGGGGCUGCCUCAAGUACAUCCCUCAUAGGCUAUCAGGGGCAACACUGAUUGCUCCGGUUGUCAACUAUUGGUGGCCUAGCUUUCCUGCCAACUUGUCUAGAGAGGCGUACUACCUACAGCUGCAACAAGACCAAUGGACACUACGUGUUGCUCACUAUACUCCAUGGCUAACCUACUGGUGGAACACGCAGAAAUGGUUCCCUGCAUCAGCUGUUGCUGCCAGAAGGCCUGAGGUUUUCUCUCGACAAGAUCUGGAACUUCUUUCCACAGUUGCUGGGAGUCAAACACCCAAGGCAACCCAACAAGGGGAAUUUGAAUCCCUACAUCGUGACUUGAUGGUUGGAUUUGGGAAAUGGGAAUUUGAUCCUAUGGAUAUUGAAAAUCCUUUUCCUAACAAUGAAGGCUCGGUCCAUCUAUGGCAUGGAGAUGAAGACAGGAUGGUGCCAAUAACAUUGCAGCGUUAUGUUGCCCAAAAACUUCCAUGGAUUCACUACCAUGAGUUGCCUGGUGCUGGACACUUGUUCCCCUAUGUUCCUCGGGUGAGUGAAGCUAUUUUGAAGGCUCUUUUGCUCAGUGAAAAGUAGCCUUGUGUUAGGGUUUGAGAACUCUAACAGAAAAGAAUAGAAGAGUAGAGAGAAAAGAGAGAGAGAGAGAGAAGAGAAUAGAGAGUAGUUAUUGUAUUUCUUGUAAAUUUUGGAAUGAAUACAAGAAAGAUAUAGCUGAGUUAUUUAUACAACAACUAUCUCAUAACUACCUCAGCUGUCUCAUCUUGCGAACUGUAGAACAGCUCGCUUGCCAACUACAGAACAGCUGGCUCCCUAACAACUCAUCCACAUUUCCCUCCAAUUUCUUACUUACCCAACUUCUAGAAUAUCUAAUCAUAUUCUCUUAUAUUUCUUUCUAUAGUAUGUAACACCUUGUUCUUGAUUCUAAUAUUUUUCUAUCUUUAUACAUAUUGCACAAGAUAUUUUAUCUGCAACCGUGGCAAAGAUAUCAUAUGAAUGUUCUGUGUUCCAUUGAGAA